AUGUCCGCUAAUUCACCACCAGGAUCAAGUGAUGACACAGAGCCUACCGACAGAGCCGUCCCGCCAAAUCUUAUCGAAAGUUUAGGAGCUCGAAUUCGUGAUUUGGAUGUAGAUUCCAUUCGUCAUUAUUUAGCCCAAAAACUAGGCUUUUACGAGCCAUCUGAGCCAACCAGUCCAGUAGAGCAAGUCUUGGAAGAAGUAUCUUUGGAAGGUAUCGUUAAAUGGAUUAAGAGCGAAAAGUGUAAGAAUAUAAUAACACUAUCCGGCGCAGGGAUAUCCACAGCGGCAGGAAUCCCAGAUUUUCGCAGUCCAGAAACCGGUUUAUACCACAACCUUCAAAAAUACAAUCUUCCUGAACCUCAGGCUAUAUUCGAAAUUAAUUUCUUUAGGGAGAAUCCUAAGCCAUUCUUCACAUUAGCAAAAGAAUUGUAUCCAGGAAGUUUCAAACCAACAUUAUCUCAUUAUUUCAUCAAACUACUGUGUGAUAAGGGGCUUCUUCUUCGUCACUACACCCAGAAUAUUGACACAUUGGAGCGUGUUGCUGGUUUACCAGAAGAGAAAAUAGUAGAAGCACAUGGUACUUUCUACACCUCACAUUGCCUGGAUUGCAAAAAAGAAUACUCUCUAGAUUAUGUUAAAGAAAUAAUUUUUCGGGAUGAAAUACCUAUAUGUACAAAUUGUCCUGGUAUUAUAAAACCAGACAUUGUGUUUUUUGGUGAAAGUCUACCAGACAGGUUCCAGAGAUGUCUUCAACAAGAUUUCCAACGGUGCGACAUGCUAAUUAUCAUGGGGUCAUCACUUGAAGUACAGCCUUUUGCAUCUUUAAUUGAUAUGGUUCCCGAAUGGUGUCCCCGUUUACUCAUAAAUCGAGAGAAAGCAGGUGUACGGUCGCCUUUACUACAGCUGUGGGGACUCUCAGGAGGCGGGUUACAGCUAGAUGAAGAGUCCACAAGGGAUGUUGCUCGUCUCGGCGAUUGUGAUGAAGGUUGCCAGGAUCUUGCACAAAGACUUGGAUGGGGGGAGGAAUUGCAAGCUUUGGUGGCGCGCGAGCACGCUCGUUUGGAACGUGAAGGUCACAUUACUACAGUACACACACCAAUAAGUAAUAUAGAAAUAGGAUCAGCUGGGUCCAGCACAGCUGAGCAUAAAUUG